CAAUAUUACUUAAUCAUUGUUUUAACAAAAAACAUACAAAAACAAAAAACCUAACAAACAAACAAACAAGAGACUUAUGCAACUUUAUACAAGAAGAAAAAAAAUGAUCUCACUUAUUAAAACUUAUUGCAAUGGAACUCAGCUUCGUCACAAUUCAUCAAAUGAGCUUGUUUUCACAAAGAAUGGCUUCUCCAUGCUUCAAUGAGAUUGAAAGGAUUGUAGUAAUGGGAAAACCAUGAAAAUGGUUUUUAUACUUGACAACAGAAUGACAUGAGUUUGGGAUGUUUUGAAAAUGGGAGGUAAAACUGGGCUGGAAUUUAAAAAAGAAAAAGAAAAAAAUUCGAAGUUUUAGUUUCUUAUUUUUCUUAGUUUUAUUGUCAACUUAUAUUCAGUUUCUUAUAAUCAAUUCUCAUCUAACCAUCUAAUAAAAUACUUAAUUUUAUGAAAUAUAUAAGUUUUGUAAUACAACAAUUUCAUUUCAUUUUAUUGUUCUUCUACAAGUUUUACUAAUCAAGUUAUAAAAGUUUUAUGGUUUUACGGUUCAGCUAAUACUAAGUUAUACCAACUGUACCAAUAUAGUUGUGCCAAGUUAUACAAAAUUAUACUAUUAGUAUUGGGUACAAAUUGAAUAAAUCGGAAAACAUGUAGUGUUGGGCACACAUGUAGUGUUAUUUAUAUUUAGUUUCGUAUAAUCAUUUUCAUCUAACCAUCUAAUAAAAUGCUUAAUUUGAUGAAAUAUAUAAGUUUUGUAAUAUCAUAAUUUCAUUUCAUUUGCUUCUACAUUUUUAUUAAUCUAGUUAUCCAAGUUGUACGGCUCAACUAAUACUUAGUUAUACCAGUUGUACCAAGUUAUACAAAGAUAUGCCAAGUUAUAUCAAUUGAAGAACAUGUAAUGCUUAAUGUAAUGUUGCGUAAUGUAGUUAUAGUGUGUGGGUAUGAAUGUAUACUUAUAAUUCGUCAAAAUUGCUUAAUGUAGUGCUGGUGAAUCAAAUGUAAAACAAGCCAGAAACAAUGGUGCUCGGGAAAAGAGAGACAGAACAUACCGAAUAGGAGAGGAGAGGAAAGAAGAGGGACGAGUGAAAGAAAUAAGACGAAAUCACAUGAUUGGUUAGAUGAAAUAAUGGCAUAGUUGACUUUAAUCUCAUUUCUUUUUAGUAUAGAUUAAAUGAAGAGUACGAUAGAUUCAUUAAGAGCAUGUGAAAUUAAUUUUUUGUUUUUAAGAGCCUGCGAGACUUUUGUCUGGUGUAUAACUGCAAUAUAAAUACCCCUCCCCUUGUUUGACAAAGAUUUAAAACUUAAAAGACCCCCUUACUUAAAGUGAAUUAUAGAUAAAAACCAAAAAAUAUGAGUUCAAUCGUAGAGCUCAGUAGUCUGGAGGAGUUAACGUUAAAUGCAGAGCAGAUACAAGAUGAUUUAUUGGAGAAGAUACUUAGACUUAACAGCAACACAGAAUACCUCAGACGGUUUCUCCAUGGAAGCAAUGAUAAAGAACUAUUCAAGAAAAACGUACCGUUGGCGAACUAUGAAGAUGUUAAGCCUUACAUUGAACGUGUUGCGAAUGGAGAGCCUUCAGAUUUAAUUUCAGGUGGACCCGUUACUAGAUUCUUCCGAAGCUCUGGAACUUCAGGAGGGAAACAAAAGAUAUUUCCUGUGAACGAUGAGGCCAUUGAGCAGCUGGGAUACGUAUUGGCUCUACGCUCUCUUGUUAUGUCCAAGCAUUUCAGUGACAACGGUGUCGAGCAAGGAAAGACAAUGGAGUUUCAUUACACUAAACCCGAAUCCACAACCCCCUCUGGCUUACCCGUUGCUGCAGCAUUUACAAGUUUUUUCAAGAGCGAUUAUUUCAAAAACCGACCAUCAAAGUCUCAGUACACAAGCCCCCACCAAGUCAUAUUGUGUCCGGACAACAAGCAAAGUCUGUACUGUCAUCUUCUAUGCGGUCUUUCCCAAAGAGACGAGGUUGUGAGAUUUGGUGCAACUUUUGCUCAUGCAUUGGUCAGAGCCAUUGAUUUUCUUGAAAGCAACUGGAAGGAGUUAUGUGGUAAUAUUCGUUUAGGUCAUGUUAGCGAGUGGAUCACCGACCUGGGUUGCAGAAGCUCUGUUUCAGCUAUUAUUGGAGGACCUAAUCCCGAGUUGGCUGAUCUCAUUGAACAAGAAUGCAGCCACAAGUCAUGGGAAGGUAUAGUCACACGACUUUGGCCUAAAGCCAAACGUAUUGAGUGCGUUCUUACAGGACAAAUGGCUCAAUACAUUCCAAUAUUAGACUUUUAUUGCAACAAACUUCCUCUAGUUUCCACAGUAUAUGGGUCUUCUGAAAGUAUAUUUGGGUUUAAUGUGGAUCCUCUAUGCAAACCACAAGAUGUGUCCUACACGUUUGUGCCCAACACCUCUUACUUCGAGUUUCUACCUGUUGACCAUGAGGGAGACAUGACCAGCAUUGUCGAUCUUGUGAACGUCAAGUUAGGAUGCUACUAUGAACCUGUGGUCACUUCUUGUUUCGGUCUAAACAGAUAUCUUAUUGGUGAUAUUCUAGAGGUGACUGGAUUUUACAAUAACACACCUCAGUUUAGAUUCGUACGUCGAAAGAAUAUGGUUUUAAGUGUAGAAACGGAGACCACAACUGAAGAUGACAUUUUAAAGGCUUUGGCUCGUGCGACCUUUGUUCUCGAGUCUUCAAAUUUAAUGUUAAUGGACUUCACAAGCUCUGCUGAUAUCUCUACUUUUCCUGGUCACUAUGUUUUUUACUGGGAACUCAAAGGUAAAGAGGUUAAUGACGUUCUUGUUCUUGAUGAAAAAACAUUAAUGGGUUGUUGUUAUGUACUAGAGGAAUCAUUUGGUUCCACUUAUAGACUUAAGAGAAGAACUGGAUUAAUUGGGGCUUUAGAGAUUAGAGUGGUGGAACAAGGAACAUUCAAUUCUCUCACGGACUAUUUCAUCUCCCGAGGUAGUUCCAGAGCUCAAUAUAAGACACCCUUAUGCAUCAACUCUUCAGAAGCCUCGGCAGUUCUUGAAAAUAAGGUUCUUGCUCGAUUCCACAGUGAAAAGUCUCCUCCUCUUGACUUAUAGUUCUUUGAAUUCGAUAUGCAUUCCUGAUCUCAAAUGGUUAUUUUUAUGAAAUAAAUAAUUUGUAGGUCGUAUGAAAGAUCUUGUAAUACUCUGUAUUCAGAAUUGUUGAUUUACAUGAAUCUCAUGCUUUCGUUCA